AGCUGUUCCCGUCUUUCUCCUUAGCCUAAUGUCUCUGUCUUCUGCUGUGAGACUUGAGUAGCUGGAGAUCUUGGUUGGCUCAGCAGCAGAGCAAGCCCAAGAAUGGAGAAACUGCUCCCUGCAAAGUGCUCUCAAGAACUCUGGUUUGGCAUUCUCAUCUCCUUUGCUUUGUGCUUUAUAUUGCUUUCCUUUGAUUAUUCAACCUUUUUUAGUGUCAACAAUGGGGUCAAUCUUUUGGUCAACACACAACAAGUUGACCCAAUUGGUAUUUUGAAGAACCAAACCCUUUCAAUUACAGAGAACCAAACCCUUUCAAUUACAGACCAGCCCAGCACAGAAUCAUGCUCUGGUCGUUUUGUUUAUAUGCAUGAUGAUCUUCCGGAAAAAUUCAACCAUGACUUGCUCAAGAACUGUAAAUAUCUUACUAGGGGGACUGAUAAGCCCAAUUUGUGUCCUUACUUUGAGAAUUUUGGUUUUGGUCCUGAAAUUGAGAACAAUGAAGGGGUUUUGGCCAAUGAGAGUUGGUUUUCCACAAACCAGUUCUUGUUGGAGUUCAUAUUCCACAACAAGAUGAAGCAUUAUGAGUGUUUGACAAAGAACUCCACUCUGGCUUCAGCCGUUUAUGUCCCAUUCUAUGCUGGGCUUGAUGUCAGCCUCCAUCUGUUUGAUUCUAACCUCACGGUCAGAGAUAUUUCGGCGAAAGAGCUUGUCGAUUGGCUUUCGAGAAAACCCGAAUGGAAGAAAAUGUGGGGGAGAGACCAUUUCUUGGUUGCUGGGAGGAUUUCUUGGGAUUUCAGGAGGCAAACAGAUGAUGUUUCUGAUUGGGGUAGUAAACUCAGGUGGUUGCCUGAGUCUGUGAACAUGAGUAUGUUAUCAGUUGAAGGAAGCUCAUGGAAAAAUGACUAUGCUAUACCAUACCCUACAAAUUUUCAUCCUUCAAAGGACAUUGAAUUGGUUCAAUGGCAGGACAGAAUGAGAAAGCUAGAAAGGCCUUACUUGUUCACUUUUGCUGGGGCACCAAGGCCUGACCAGCAGAGUUCGAUUCGGGGCAAAAUUAUAGAUCAGUGCCUAGCUUCAAGCACAUGCAAGUUAAUAGAUUGUAGUUCUGGUGGGAACAUUGAUUGUGACAACCCGGCUAGUGUAAUGAGGGUGUUUCAGAGCUCAGUUUAUUGCUUGCAGCCUGGAGGGGAUUCAUACACUAGGAGAUCAGCUUUUGAUUCUAUUUUGGCUGGUUGUAUACCGGUUUUUUUCCAUCCGGGUACCGCUUAUUCUCAGUACUUGUGGCAUUUGCCAAAGAAUCAUAGCAGCUACUCUGUGUUUAUUCCAGUGAGAGAGGCAAAAGAUAUGCCAGGCAGCAUUGAGGAAAUCUUGCUUGGCAUUUCAGAGGAUAAGGAGUUUGCCAUGAGAGAGGAGGUUAUAAGGCUAAUUCCAAACCUGGUUUAUGCUGAUCCCAGGUCAAGAUUAGAGACCGCAGACGCAUUCGAUUUAGCUGUGAAGGGAAUUCUUGAGAGGAUAGAGGAUGUUAGGGAGGUGAUUAGGGAGGGGAAGGAUCCUAGUAUUGGUUUUGCUGAUGAGGAUAGUUACAAGUACACAUUUCCUCAGACACAAGAACAAACUUGAUUGAGUUCAAUUAUUUUUGUUUAGGAAACAAAAGGAGAUAGAAGAAGAGGUGCAGAUCUGCAAUUGCUAUUUGGGUGUAAAAACUACAUGAGACAGAACAUGUACUUAUUUAGCGUAAAUUAUAAACUAAAGUUGUGAUGUUCUCGUGUUUAUAAAUUUUUUUGUCAACCUCUCUCUCUUCGUCUCUCUCUCUCUCCCAGUCUCGAACCCGGGAAAUGAUGGGUUUUGGCUUGGACCACAAAUCCAAUAGGCUAUUGGAGG